CAUCGCAUGAACAGGAUAUUUGACGCGAUUUAGAACUCAGCGCGGUGCAUUCUGGGAACACACAGCAGUUUCAAGAUGGCGGCGAGCAGGAGGCUGGUCAAGGAACUUGAUGAGAUUCGCAGGUCUGGAAUGAAGAACUUCAGAAACAUUCAAGUUGAGGAAUCAAACCUGUUGGCAUGGCAAGGGCUCAUCGUUCCUGACAAUCCUCCUUAUGACAAAGGCGCGUUCAGAAUCGAAAUAAUCUUCCCCACCGAGUACCCCUUCAAGCCUCCCAAGAUCACAUUCAAGACAAAGAUCUACCACCCCAACAUCGACGAGAAGGGCCAGGUGUGCUUGCCUGUGAUCAGCGCCGAGAACUGGAAGCCCGCCACCAAAACUGACCAAGUGAUUCAGUCCCUCAUCGCGCUGGUGAACGACCCCCAGCCGGAGCAUCCUCUCAGGGCGGACCUAGCAGAAGAAUACUCAAAGGACCGUAAAAAAUUCUUGAAGAAUGCUGAAGAGUUUACAAAGAAAUAUGGCGAGAAGCGGCCAACGGACUGAUCACCUGACGAGUGUGUAGCCCUCCCUCCCCCCUCCCCCUCCUAAUCUUACCCACCCGAUCAAAUACCGAUCUUCCUCUCCCCUCCACCACCACCACACAGUCCUCCCUGCAGUCCCGGAUGCCGCCCAGCUGAAGCCAGGGGCAGCGGCAGCCUCUCCCCCCCCCCAUCCAGGUCUCUCUGUGGAUCAGACAGCUUCCUCCCCUUCCUCUUGACUCCCGCUCCUCCUCCUCUUCCUCCUCGGCCAUAGAUCUCCAGACCAUUUCUAACUUUCUACUUUUUCUUGAUGUGAAAAAAAUUGAAGCAGAAAUGCUAAUGGAACGAUAAUAAGUAACACGUCAUUUACUUUUCCUAUAGAGACACUGCUGUGUUGAAUAGAUCUCACUUAAACCCCCCCCCACCGAGCAGAAACAAAACAGGCGAGACAUUAAUUGAAUUGUUCUUGCCGAAAAUGCGAUGGAAGAUUCAUCAGGGGAAAAAGAACCCAACUGGUUUCCAAACACUCCAUGUUAUCAUGAGCACGUCCGGUUUCUUUUUGUAAUGAUAUAGCUUUGACGCAAAUAAUUGGUAACGUGGGAAGAACCCCUUGCGCUCAAUUUGACGCUUCCGACGCCCCCCCCCCCCACGCCGUAACUGCCCAUCACAUGAGACACAGCCCUCCGCCCAGAUGAAAGGGACCUAACUUGUCGGGAGGAGGAAGAGGAGGCUGCACUCAACUGGCAUGAAGCUCAGCUCCUGGAGGCGGUCCUAAAGCAAAGCAAACGAGCCCCUUGAAGACAGCUGGGAGCGGACUGGCUGUCCAGGGAGGGGGGGGGGGGGGUCUGGACACAGAAAAGGGGACUGCAGUGGCCAAAAGAAAAAGUAAAAAAACACACAAAAACCCACCAUGUAACAGCUGUUUGAUCUGGUCCCAAUAUUGUUUCAUAAUAAAGAUGGCUAACCAUUUAGCCUCACUGUC